UUCUCUGUCUGACAUGGACGUCAGUGUCGGCCCAAGCGCUCACGAGUAUGCAUCAUCUACGGACAGCAAUCGCAUUGAUAGGGCCGAGUUCCAAGCUGUGCAGCAGAGCAAAGAAGCCAGAAUAAAACGAAGACUUGAAAAAAACAGGCUGAAGGCAUCGACAAUGCUGAAGGAUGUGUGCUGUAUAGAGCUGGAAUUGAUGAUUCUGUAUAAUUUCCGGCCGAGUUACAGUGAACACCGCAAAUUGUUUUUUUUUCAAGACGUCCUGGGGGAAGCUCUGUCACGGGCUAAUGGUUUAAUAUUUUUGCAUGAAAAAUUUACAGAACAUAGAUACUCGUUCGCGAAUGUUAUGUACCCUGAUGGAGCUAGACACUUUCCUCCUCUGCCAAGGGCGAAAUCAAGGCCGGUAGGAUUGUCAUUUGUUCACGUCAUCGACAGUCCUCCUGAGCCAACAACGGGCAAUGCUUCGAACUCUAAUAUCUCCAGGAUGGAAGAAUUACUCAUAUCAUUCAAAAAUGAUAUUACAACAGAAUUCAGGAAAAUAAAUGAUAGAAUUUCAACAAAUACUACCCGAAUCGACCAAAUAAUGGCCGCUCUCUUCUCCGAUGACGAAUAA